CUGUCACUAAAGUCAGACAUGUUGCCAAACCGCACAAUACGAACAACAUCAACAAAGUUUAACCAGCAAAAAUUGUGAAACCAAAAAGGAAACCCGAUGAGCUCCGUCGGGGACAUCCUGCUCGACUGGGUCGACCGGGACGCCAUGUGCCGGGUGUGUCUGUGUCCGCACCCGGUCGCCAAGUGGGACCUGUUCGACUGCACCAUCGUGGGCCGCCCGAUCGCGGAGGUGCUGGUCGAGGUGGCGGGCGUGCCGAUCGCCAAGGGCGACAACUACCCGACGGUGUGCUGUUCCGACUGUUUGCAGCGGGUCGAGGCGGCCAGCAGGCUGCGCGAGCAGUGCCAGCAGUCGAACCGCCGGCUGGCGCAGAUCUUCGAAACGAUCGGGGGCGUUACGGUGAAGCAGGAAGCGGCGGUGGAGGAGGAGGAGGAUGUGCCGAUGGAGGAGGAGGAGGCUCCGCUGACGAUUGCAGCGAUUCAUGGGAUGCCGGAGGAACCGCCGGCGGUGGUCGGGGAAGGCUCCUCACUAAACAGUACAGUUAUUUCCAAUUUCAAAGUAGACGGGUUGGAGAUACGGAUCGAAGUUCCGGACCUGCAAAGCAUCCUUCAGCAGAGCGUCGAACCAAGUCUGCUGGAACCACUUGUCCCAAGUGGUGCGGAGGCAAUUCCAGUCGAAAAACCUGCAGCGGCCAAGAACAAAUACGAAUGCUGCGGCUGUCCGUGCACCUUCGACACCGAAGAAGAAUUUGAAGAACACGUUCAAAGCUUCCACGAGCCGCGCCGUGUUCCGCUGGAGCGCGUCCGGAAGGGCUUCCUCGAGUGUUUCCGGUGCUACCGAAUGGUCAAGAACAUGAAGGUCCACCACACGAGAGGCAACUUCUGCCAGGUCUGCUCCGUUCUCUUCCCCGACUACCGAGAACUCAACAAACACUACAACAGCAAGCACAAAAUCUACAAAGACACGGCCCAGGACCGGGUCAUCGAGUGCUGCGGCUGCACCCACACCUUCAAAACGGACAAAGCGUUCCGCGACCACGUCGAGUCCUUCCACAAGCCGGCGCGACUCUCCCCCGAGCAGCUCAAGCACGGCUACCGGGAGUGCGAACGGUGCUUCAAAGCCGUCAAACGCCUCAAGGAGCACCACGUCCGCGAUCGGUACUGCAAGAUCUGCUGCUGGCAGUUCACCGACGACCGGGCCGCCUCCAUCCACUACAAGAACCGCCACUCGAAACGCAAACCCGGCCCGGACGACGUGAAAAUCUGCUGCGGCUGUGCGGCCCCCUUUCCGACGAUCGGCGCGCUCAAGAUCCACUCCAAUCAGGUCCACUACCAGCACAAGGCGGCGUUUGAUGAGCGCGCGCCGUUCCAGUGUGAGAUUUGCUUCGACAACUUUCGCGACUAUGGCGAGCUGGACGAGCAUCAGACGCGCUACCAGAAGAACAACAAGCAGCACCGGUGUGGGCGGUGCGAGAGGACGUUUUUCUUUUUGAACUCGCUGCGCGAUCACGAGAGGUCGCACGCGAGCUAGGAGUACAACUGUUAAGUUCUACCAUUGUGUAUUCAAGUAUAGGAACAAAUUGAGGGGAAACAAAGUUUGUAUGAAAUAAUGGUAACUUAUUUGAAUAAACGUGAAUUGUGUUUAA